AUGAGUUUCCAGACUCAGGGUACCCACGCCAAUUUACCAGAUACUGGUAUUGGCCAUGACGGCGACGUCGUUUCAGAAGUCUCUCGACAGGAAACUGAAGACACCAUUGCUCAUCGAGCAGCGUCGGUGGUGGCCGGUGUACCGGUGGCAGUCCACGAGGAAUUGGUUCUAGAAGUGAAGGGUCUUCAAGAGAACCUAGGGGAGACCCGAUGCAUGCGUGAUGCGAUUCAGGGCCGCCUUUAG